AUGUCCUCGAAACGUCAAAAAUCUGAAAAGUUCAGAGAUAGCCAUUUGAAGCAAAAAUACAAUCUUAUCCAUUUGUUACCAUCGUUAGAGGCACCUGCAUUAUCUGCCCUGUACCUAAAAAGUUUUUUAAAUGCUACCAAGAAGUAUGAAUUAUGUUUACCAUCAAGUAUAGUUGAUUCUGAUGCCAAAUUUUGUGGCAAAUGUGGUUGCGUAAGAAUCUCAAAUUUCAAUACAAAGAUGUGGAUUGACGAAGAUACAGCUGACAAGACAGGUUCAAAUCAAAGAACUCUUAUAUACUUGUGUCUGAACUGUGGAAGAAAAGCCAAGUUUCCAUUAAUUUGUGAACCUCAAGAAGAUGAAGUUAAUCAACAGGAAAACUCUAAUAAUGCAGGUUUUGUAGCUAAUUGGCCCAAGUCAGUAGAGAAAAAAGAUGUGAACAAAGUCUUGAAGAAAAAUACAGCGAAGGAACGUGCUAAGAAGAGGAAAUCGAGUACAUUGUCAAGCAUGCUUGCUGAGAAAAGUGAGAGUCAGAAGAAAAAAACGUUAUCUUCGUUAAACUUGGAAUCUUUUAUGGAACAUGACUAA